UUCUAUUUAUCGUAUGGGGUUCGCUCACCGCUGAACCGAAAUAACGGAAAAAGUUCAUUUAAAUAUUUACAGUUUUGUUAUUGCAAUUCAUCAAUACGAUUCUGCGUCUGGAACUGAUGAAUAUACUUCACUAUGUCAGCUUGUAACGAGUACGUGGUAGAACAGAUAAUAGACAAGCGAGUUCGCCGGGGUAAGGCUCAAUAUCUGAUCAAAUGGAAGGAUUGCGAUCCUUCGGAAAAUACUUGGGAACCGGAGGAUAAUCUUAAUUGUGGAGACCUUCUCGAGCUUUUCCAGCAAGAGCAACUGAAAAAGCCCCCGAAGAAGACAACUUCAAGGCGUAAGGGUCCAGUUUUGUCCACUGACCAAAAUGCGAACCUUGGAACGAUCGAAAAUGUUGAGAAGAAUCCCGGCAAUAGUGCUGAUGGUGUGGCAAAGCAAACGAAGAAAAGGCGAGAUAAGAAAGAGCAAAGAACCUCUGCGGUUGCGGAAACGCCAAUGGAAGUGGAUUCCUCUAACAGAGAUGGGUUUGCGAAAGGUUUCGUCGCGGACAGUAUUCUUGGCAUUACUAUGGAAAAUGGUCAGCUGUUUUUCUUGAUCAAAUGGAUAGGCGUCGACGAAGUAGAGAUGGUACCUUCAAAGGUUGCUCGCUUGCACAUUCCGACUAAAGUCAUUGAUUUCUACGAAGAUCGAAUCAUUUGGAACUCCAAGGAGGGAUCGUAG